UUUGCCACAAAUCAGUAUCUUGGAAUGAUAUGUCUAGACAUUACAAAAGUUUACGACACUAUAUGGAGACAUCGAGUAAUUCAAAUACUCAGUAAAAUUAUAUCUAAUAGUAAUAUGCUUAACUAUAUUAAAAGUUUCCUAGACAAUCGACAAUUCGCAGUCAAAGUAUCAAACACACUCUCUGUAAAUCUCUUACAAGAAAACGGAGUACCUCAAGAUGACUUCAACUUCUGGUGCAGGAGCAACAACCUAUCAACUGUACAAAGGUUCCUCGAAGAAACAGCCAACAAACUAACUCAAUGGGCCAAUACGUCAGGUUUCAAAUUCUCCAAUUCAAAAUCCCAAUGCAUUAUAUAUUCUCUAGAAAAAGAGGGCAAAAACAUAUAAACGUUCAAAUAGAUGGAAAAAACAUACCAAACAAUAACACAGUCAAAAUUCUCGGCCUGAAAUUUGAUACAAAAAUGAACUGGAUCCAACAUCUAAAAUACCUAAAAACGGAUAUUAACCAAAAAUUGAAUUUAAUAAAAAUGUUAAGUCACACCCAAUGGGGGGGAGAUGAACAUACACUAAUCCGCAUACAUAGACAACUUAUCAGAACAAAGUUAGACGACGGAGCAAUUUUAUACCAAUCAACCAGCCACUCACAUCUUAAAAUAAUAGACAGUGCAUUAAACUCCAGCAUAAGACUAUGCAUUGGAGGUUUCAAAUCAAGCCCUAUAGAAAGCAUAAGAAACAUAGCACAUGUAUAGUCUGUGGGGUUACACUAACAGUGAAGCACAUAAUUACUGAGUGUUAUCAAUACGCCGAAGAUCUAAAAAAAUACAACAUCCCACCCAACUUGUAUGAAGCUCUAGGACCAGAUAGUGAAAACAUAUCGAACAUGUUAACCUUCCUCAAAAAAUCCGAUUUAUACCACAAAAUUUGAACCUAAUGUUAAAGAAAAUUGUAAUAUAAAUUUAAAUUGUAAUCACAUAUAAUGAACACCAUAUAAAUACUGUAUUUUUAAUAAUGACUAUGUAAUUUUGCACAAAACUAAUAACCUUUGUUGUUGAUGUUUUUU